CCGACCGAGAUCACAUAAACCGUACGUGAUUAGAAUUACAAGUCGGCUUUGAUAGCCACGUGCUGCUAGUUGACAAUUGCAGUGAAGACCAAUAGUAAUUUGGCACAUGCAAAUGACAGCGGAAGAAACCAGUGCGCAAAUUCACAGAUGACCUUGCCCAUCAGCCUUGAGUCGUGAAAGUGAAAAUUCCCUAUUCAAUUGGAAAAUUAAGAUGGCAUCGAUUUCACCGACUUCUUGCAUAUCUCAGCGAGUUAAUUCAAAUCGAGAAAUCCCAAUUCAAGUGUGGUUCACGAGAGAAGAACUCGAUCAGCCUUAUGAUGUCACUCUAGUCGUCAGAGAUGGCGACUUCAAAGCUCACCGAAAAGUCCUCUCAGAGGCGAGUCCUUUCUUUGAAAAGCUGCUGAACAGCGACAUGAAGGAGUCUAAAGAAGGAGUGGUUCGCUUGGAGAUCUUCACCGCCUCUGCUAUGAGAAACACAUUGGAGUUUAUUUACACCGGUAAUGUACAGAUACUGGAUGAAGAUGAUGCCAGAGACUUGAUUGUGAUAGCAGAUUACUUGUUGCUCCAGAACCUGAAGACCCUGGCAAUGCAAACCUUAUUGAAAGAAUUGAAUACUUCAAAUUGUAUUUCAAUUUUCCAUUUGGCUGAUGAAUAUCACUGCGAGGAACUUUUAUGCAAGUCCAAAAUAAUUAUCCUUGCAAAUUUCAGAGCAUUAUUCUCUGCGAAGCGUGAAGAUGUUUUGCAAAUGUCCAAAGAGGAACUUGCAAUUUUUAUUUCAAGCGAUGAGCUACAUGUUAGCGCUAAGGAAGAUGUGUUAAGUAUCAUUCUAGCUUGGAUUAAUCACGACAAAAACAAUCGAAGAAGUCAUUUUCCCGAGCUAUUUCGUCAAGUUCGACUGGUUUACAUAUCGCGUGACUUUCUCUGUAAUGAGGUCGUGACAAAUGAGUUGGUUAAAAACAAUGAAGACUGUCUGGAACUUGCGAAAGGAGCUAUUGAAUUAAUCGACUUUAACAGUGUUGAUGGACUUGAUAUUCUUGAUCGCAAACCGAGAAAGUGUCUAGAGUACUCUGCAAUUGUCGCCUACACAACGGAAGGAAAAUACCUUUUUUAUUUUCCACGCGAGGAUAGGUGGUAUAGAAAGGAACCAAUAUAUUUGCAAAGUGACGAUGGUAUUUUCUUUUGUCGCGAUAAAAUGUACGGUACAAGGCGUGAGCUAUUAAAUAUAGAUUAUUCUUGGAAACUUCGCAUCUUAUGUUAUAAUCCACACUCUUAUAGAUGGAAGUUUUUACCACCAUUAGAUGACAACACACUUUUAAAGAAACUCUUCGUUUACAAUGAUGAAAUGUAUGCUUUGUUCUUAAUUCAGAAGUGGCGGCCUGUCCCCGACGUCCUCUGGUCUGGUGUAUGUCGUUUUAAAAAGGAAAGCGGCAUCAUCAUCUCAAAGUACAAAGUAGAUUCCAAUUCAUGGGAGAACGUAUUGUUAAAAGAGGGUCUGCCUUAUAGGGGACAUUAUUGCGUUGUGCCCAGCGAAAACUUCGUUUACUUCAUUGGCGGUACGGAAAAGUAUGGAAGAAGGCUCUUACGUGAUGUUUAUAGGUACGAUCUUUCCAGAAAAAAAUGGGAUAAACUAGCAGACAUUCAGGCAGGAAGACAGAACCAGCUUUGGGGUGCAGCGGCGAACGGAAAAAUAUAUAUUGCUGGAUGGACUAAAAAUAAAAAGAAACCAGGCCAAGAUGAACUCCUGUGUGAAGUGUACAAUGAAACAACAAAUGAAUGGCAGUUUAUUAGAAGCUUUAGCGUGGAGCGAGAGGCAUUUUUAGGUUUGAUUGCCGUAGAUGGCGAGGUAUAUGUUGUGGGCUAUGAUCGAUCAAGCGUGACGGAACUGUUAAGAGUCCAAUGUUACGACCCCGAAAGCGAUGAAUGGAAGCUGAAAACUGAAAUUUCAAUUGCAUGGCAUGAAAGAGCUCAGCGACAGUUUAAAAUUUGCGACACAAUGAAAGUGUUUCAGG